UCAGUCGGGUGGAGCGCGGAAACGAAAGGAAAACAAAAGGCGGACGACAGAAUGGGCUCUUCGGUGCUACAGAAGAAGCUUUUCAACUCUAUUGGCAGCUACACUGAAGAAACUCUGAGUUACAUUCAUGUGGUGAAAGCAUUCUGCAGCAGGAAAUUGAAGUGGUUUCUUCAGCGGGAGAGAGAGUUGCAGAUGCUGAGGGACAUCAAGGAAAGAGCAGACCGGCUGAACCUCAAGUUUGACCACGUCAAGAACUCUGAAGGAAAAGGCAAAGCCAUUAAAGAGUACCUAUGGAGCAAGCUGACUCAGAUUACUGCAGAGAAAAAGGCCCAAGAACUUGAGAAGGAGUUGGAUGCCAUUAUCAUGGAGAGUCUCAAGGGGCUGGAAAAACUGCAGCCAUUUUUAGAGGCUUUGGAGAAGCUGGCCGUCACGUCACUCUUUGUGUUCACUGAGAAGAACCAGCUGUGUCUCCUGCCUACUGGGACCAGCUGCACUGCUGUUCACUCAGUCAUCUCUGCUGCUAGGAUGGCCUGCCCCCUGUUAGUCAGCUUCAAGAAAGACAUGGCAGAGCUCUUCCUGCCUGAUCUUGUCAAUGUGGAAGCUUUCGCUGUCGAGCUGGACAAAUUCAUACAGGUUUCAAAAGAUCUCUGUGAAAGGAUGGAAAAAGGAGGAAAAAUUACCUACAUGCCUGAAACCAAGUAUGACUUGAAUCCUGAUACCGUGCAAGCAAUGCUUGACCAUCUGAGUGAGCUAAACAACAUCAGGGUGAACCAGGACUUCAGAUUGGCUUUCCUGUUCAACAGUGACGCCUUCCGAUUCAUCCACCUCUUCAGUGAACACCAGGACAGGAUGCAGCAGUUCUUGGCACAGCUGGAAGAGGGCGCUGUUCAGUUGGACAGAAUGAAGAUGGGGUCGAAUAUUUCCAGUGUGGUGGGCAGCUCAGUUGGGCUGGUUGGAGGGGUGCUUUCCAUUGUUGGCCUGGCAAUUGCCCCACUGACAGCAGGAGUAUCUUUGACCCUCACAAUGGUCGGGGUGGGACUGGGCGUGACGAGUGGAGUCAACAGCAUUACCACGGGUGUUACUGAGCUGGCAGUCAAUGCUCACCAAGGGGAGAAGGUUAAUGGUGUCUUCCAGAGCUUCAUGGAGGAUGUGGAAACCCUGUUGGAAUGCCUGAAUCAAGUUGCCAACUCCCGUGUAAUGAAAAUGGAACCUGACAAAGUGGAUACUGUGGUGGGUGCAGGGAAAGUCGUUGUAAGGACUGGCGUACUUGCUAAAAGCAUUGACGCCAUUGUAGAUGGUACUUCUGCCCUGAAGAUACUGAAAACCAAAGAAGCCAGUGGCAAGGCGGUACUUCAGGAAGCCGGUGCUGCCCGGAAUUUACCAAACAUGGCCUCUGAGCUUGCUGACUUUGGGAAAGCUGCCAAGGGCACUCCCCUCGCUCUCUCAAAGUCAGCAAGAGCUGGCUUUAUUGCCCUCAAUUCGGUCUUUGUUGGACUGGAUCUCUUUUUCAUCUGCAAGGACAGCAUUAAUCUGGCUAAAGGCAACAAGAGCGAUGUUUCCAAGAUCAUCAGAGGUCGAGCAUGGCUGUGGCAGUCUGAGCUGGAUUCAUGGCAGAGAAUCCACGACUCUCUGUGUAGAGGAAUACGGCAUUUCACAAAAAGUUCUAUCAUUCUGGAGAAGCCAUUCUACUGCUUGUAG